AUGAUACCGGAGUCACUGUAUAUAGAAAUGAUGAAAAACUGUUCCAAAUGGAACAGUCGUGUUGAAACGGAGCGCAAAGGACGCUACCCGGUGCUCGAUCCACAGACCGGCAUUGCACAGCAUCCAUCGCAUCAUGCCAGCUACGAGAUAUCCAGGAGAUAUCCGCCAACCAAUUCUUCACAGUAUUGUACAUAUGCAAGCAGACGCUGGAAGAAGCGCAAAACGGCUCCAACCGCAGAUGCAACAGAAAUGAAGUACAUACUGGAAUGUAAUCCAGCAAUCAGUGAUGUCAUCAAUCAGGCCGGCACUACUUAUCAAGAUACAGCUGAAUUCGCAUCAGUAUCGGCGGUGGCCAGUUCAUCGGUGGAAAAUCAUUUUGCUGACAAAAGAAAAGCCUAUGUAAGCUAUAUUUAA